GCACCUGUCAGGUAGUGAUUGAUGAUGUUUCCAGUCUUCUAUUCCAUGGUCUCUUCUACAGUAUAGUGUCCUUUUAGCAUCAUGACAGCCCAUCCAACAGCCUUUUACUUCAUCCAGUGGUCUUCCUCGCUCGACCUCCAGAUGAACUUUCUUCACUGAUGCACACUCAGUAGGAGAAUGCCUAUUAUAAGUAACUUAUAGGUACCAAAAUUCUAAGAUUUGCUCACUCAGCCAUUAUUUCUGAACAUCUGCUCGUCCUUGGAUAGAGAGAAGUUUGGCAAGCUUCAUGAUAUAUACUGGGGUGUUGGAAAAUAAGGAGGAUAGAGGGGAGUAUCUUGACAUCUGUUUGUUGCAUCCCACCGUACUCACGGAUGAGACAGUUUGGCCUUGUGUGGAGGCCCUGACUCCUCUUGAUGCUUGAUAGCCUACUCGUGUCUUUUCAUUGCUGCGUUUCUUUUGCUGAAAUUCUCUUGUUAAAACAGAAUAGCCUUACAACAUGCUUCCCAGUCCAUAAUGCAACAUUACAAAAAGGUUUGCAAGCUAAUCACAUAAUACAACAACCCAACAGCUAUAUUUCUAAAAAUGUGCUACUAAAAUAUAUCGUGUAUUUACUUCUUCAGGUCAGACCUAAGCAGGUACAAUUACUUGCCAGCUCGGAUCUUGCCAAGUGAGCUAUUUGCAGAUUUACGCAUCCAACUUGGCCCCUCCACAGAGCGACAACAGGGGAAGGUCAGGUGCUGCUCGCGUUUCAACUCGAGCACCGGUGCCGCUCUGAGAGGGAAUUUCCCUGCGGACUGCGGUUCCUCCUUCCCCAGGCCGCCCCGCCCCGCCGGGCCGCGGCAGUGCGGAAGGGCUGCGGGGCAGCCCCGCUGCUGGGGCAGCGCCCGGCUCCGUGAGGCGGCGGCUGACGGAGGGAGGGAGCCGCCAUGGCAGCCGCCCUGCGGGGCGCCCUCUGGGGCUGCCUGCUGCUGUGCGUGUCUGGAAUAGUGCCCAAGCCCCGAAAUGCAAGGAUAAAUUCAGUAAAUUUUCGGAGCGUUUUACUAUGGGACCCACCUAGGGUUCACAAAGGCAAUCUAAGUUACACUGUCCAGUUCAAAAGCAAUUUCCCUAAGCAGGACUUCACCAAUGUGACAACCAACCUGAAUGUCACGGAGUGUGACGUCUCUUCUCUGUCUGUUUAUGGAACCUACGUGCUACGGGUCAGGGCGGAGUGGGAAGAUGAGCACUCGGACUGGGCGGUCGUCAGGUUUAAACCAAUGGCUGACACGAUCAUUGGACCACCCAUUGUGAAUGUGAAGUCUGAGUCAGGGACUUUGCACGUGGACUUCACAGGCCCGGCUGCUGACCAUGAGCACGACAAGUGGUCUCUUAAGCAAUAUUACGGCUCAUGGAAUUACCGAAUACUGUACUGGAAGAAAGGCAGCAAUAAAAAGGUAAUUCACAUAGAUACUAAGCAUAACUCUGAAAUAUUAUCUCAGUUGGAGCCAUGGACGAUAUACUGUAUUCAAGUGCAAGGGGUUAUUCCUGAGUGGAACAAAACAGGAGAACUGAGUCAAGAGCUUUGUAAGCAGACCACCCAUAACGGUGUAACUCCUGUGUGGAUAGUUGUGAUUGUUCUUCUAGGAUCAAUGCUGGCUGUUAUAAUAUCUGUUCCUAUUUGUUUCAUUUCCUUUUGGUAUCUGUACCGACUCACUAAGCAUGUUUUCUGCCCUUCAUAUAUUUUCCCACAGCACUUGAAAGAGUUUUUGAGCAAGCCUCCUAGUGGUUCGCAGUUUAUUUCUCCAGUUCCACAAGAAGAGCAUCAUUGUCAUGAUUGGCUCACUGUCAUUUCAGAAGAACCUAAAAGUCAAAGUGAUGAGACUGUGGAAGAGACCACGGAAACAACAGAGUGCCAUCAGGAACAAGAAGUUUCUGAUUCAGAAAUACUAUCACCUUUGGAAAGGGACUAAACACUCCUCACACUUCAGUCAGGUUGAAAGAAAAGCAAAGGUUGUUAAGUUUCUCUUAUUGCUGCAUUCUUAGGAAAAUUCAUACUUGAAACUCUGAGCACAGACUUCUGACAUUGUUUUUUAAAGUCCAAGACACUUGCUGAUGGCUGUGAAAGUAAAUAAUACAUAAUUUUUUGCCACUGUUUUUAGUGGCUCACUGGUAAGUUGUAGCAAUAUUCUGGCUAUACUAUGCCAUUAAUUUAAAAAGCAAAUACCAGAAAUGUGAUACUAGCUAAUUUAACUUGGAUGAACUAUUUAUUGCACAGCUAGUCACAGUGGCAUGCUGUAUAAGGUUUUUACAGCAAGAUUACAUUUUGCAAAGAAAGAGCCAACCAGACUUAUUUUUAUAAUGAGAAAGUGUGUAUAUUUAAGAUAUGCAUAGCAACAUAAUCUUUUUAUUGUUUUUAUUCUUUUUUUUUAAUCUAAUGCGGAGCCCUGGAGUUAUUUACACUGAGUUAUGUACCAUCAUAAUAAACCAAACAUUAAAAUUGAGUGUGAUUUCCAUUGCAAGGUCUUAUUCAUCCUUGCUAAGGAAAACAGGAACAUAGCACUGCACCAUCAGGCAGUCCACCGUGAUCAGGUGUUGCUCAGUCCCCUGAGCUUCUGCCCUGCAGUUUCCAUGGUAUGCCUACCUCAUCCGGAAUCGACUGAACUCUAUGGAAAACUUUGCAGUUAAAGAGAGAUUUAAAAGUUCAUUUUAUUUACCUACUGAUACAUAUUCUCAAUUUAAAAAAAAUAAAAAAAUAAAAAAAUUAAAACCAGUUGGUUGUGACAUGCUACAUAAUGCUACAUGAGGUUUAUAGACCUGUUCAUGUGUGCCAAGGUUAUGUCCACACCACUGUCAUCAAGCGUGACCCUUGCACUGUGCUCUAACCCUUUGAGUGAUGCAAUUUUUUUUUUGUAUAUGUAUUACUGCACUCAGUGAAAAAUGCAGCCAGCAGAAGUGACUUGUUACAAAUGAAAUUGUGUAACUUAAUGUGGAAAUGACAACAUUUGGGGUUACAGUAUUGAGGUUUGUUAGCAUGCAUUGCAGGAACUGCUGCAGAAAGAACCAUGAGAACAGGCGCUGAUUCUUUGUACAGGGUAGUUACAUGCAGUUUGGAUGAGCUUUUCCUGUACUUUCUAAUUUCCAUCAUCUUUUGUUUUAAUGAACCAUUUGGGAUAUGGAAAUGUAAGAAAGCAUUUUUGCUAUGUUUUUUCAGACAUUUUGUGUGGCAUACUUGGCAUGCCUCCCACCAUAAAAAUGCAGCUGUGUUCCCUAUUCCUCCUUCCAUAUUAGCAGCUUCUUCAACUUCUGUACGUUUUUGGUUGGGUUCUUUUCAGCUUUCUCAAGAGCAAAAAUGACAUAGCAUAGCUCUUAUGACCAAGCCAUAUGCCAGCAGUGGGCUGGCCAGCUGAUGUCAGAAGAAGGCUGAUAUUUCCCUGUCCUUUGCUCAGACUGUUAGGGAAGGCCCUUUCUCUCUCUGCCUGCUGAUUUUCAUGGAAGAAUAUGAAGUUCUUGUCUAUCAGAAAUGACUGAAAACAGUCAAUUAUGAUGAGGGCACAGAUAAGGUACUGUGUUCUGCCUCUUGAUCACAGAUUCAUUGGCGAAAUUGGCCCAAUUUAAAAAUAAAAACCUUGGCUAUUCGGAAAUACAGUCUCUUUAGAUUAGGGCAGCAAGAAUCUGUUCAAGAACAUUGUCUCUGAAAUCAUGAGAGUUUGGCUUUCCCCAUUUAAAAAGAGGAAGUGUUUCCCCUUGUGUCUCUGCUGACACAGUUGUUGUUGUAUCACAAGGAGAGGAGAGGGAUUGUUCCUCUUUCAACGAAUUCAAAGCGGGGAAAGGAAGCAUUUGUCUUGAUAACCUUGGUUAACUUUGCUUUGAUAUGGAACAUGCUGUCGUCAAAGAAACAGCUGCUGUAAGUUCCCAUGGGGCUGUCUUUCACUCACUGUCUGUGUCACCAUCAAAAUCCUUUAUGUGAUUGACUCCAAAAUGAAAAGUAUAUUCAUAGUCCAGCUGCGCCUUGGUUAGCAUGCAAUAGGAAUGAAUUCCUCAACUCUACAUCUCUGCGGUUCAUGGGGGUUUCCAGAAAGUCCUUGGAUGACUUCUAGUUUCUUUGCUAAAUUUGACUCUUCUGAUACCAUACCAGGGUUUAUGGCUAAAAACACUGUGAUGAUUUGUACUUCACAGCUCCCACACACAGCAUUCAUUGAGAAUUCACCUGUGAUAAAGGUGGAGUGUUCACAAGUGCAACUCCAGCAGAUAACACAGAUAACAGGUUAAGGAACCUGUUGGGGCAAACCAUAUUCUUUUUGUGUAAUUCAAAGGACAUUUUUCUUAAAUUUCAGCCACACAAUAUAAAGGAUGAAUACAGAGCUGUGCAACUAGGAUGUGAAGAAUUCACAGCACUACAAAAAGGGAAAGCCCAGCUCAUUUUUUACUUCUGACUUCUCACCUCUGAUGUGUCUGUUCACCUCAUUUAAAAUUAUCCUGGCUAAAGCCAAGCUAAGCCAUUCAUGCCUCCAGCUUUCACUCACACUUUCCUAAGCAGCUUUUCUGGGGGAUGGCAGGCUGUUCCAGCUAAGGCCCAGUCACAAUUAGACUAAAGGACAAAGUGACAAGGGGUGAUAUAUCUAGAAGCUCUGGGCCUUGUCUCACAAAACCAACCCUCAAGUUCCACCAGAUCAGUAGCACCUUUGGAAGGUAAUAGCCUGAGAUCCUUCUGUAGAAGAGCCUCAGUGCCUCUUCAGAGACCAGCAAUCUAAAUGAGCUUAGCUUGUGGUGAGUAUGAUGAAAGCAAAACAAUAAAACAACUGCACUUCUAAUUUAGGUGUUUAUGAUUUAAACUGCAAGGUAAGGAGCUCGCUAUUAAAUCUGCCAGGAUUUUGACAAAGUAGAACAGACUACUUUGGAGAAAGGGAAAUAAUUAAAAAAAUAGGAAGAGAAGGAUGACUAAGGAAUGGAGAAGUGG